UUGUUGGAAAACAUAUUUCUCGGAGCGGUGUUUUGGUUGGAUCGCUUUAUCGUCGACUUCGGGUCCGAAAAAUGGAUUGCGGUUUCUCACUCCUCUGGUCCUAGAGAGAGAAAGUUCAGUGCCGGAGAGAUAGAAGGAGCCAUUUGCGACGCCGUUUUGGAGCUUAAACAACUGAGGUGUGAAUUGGGAGCUGCAAAAGAAGCAGAAACGACGCCGUACCGUCCGCGCUCUUGAAGAACCCUAAUUCCCCUGGAUUGGGAUCACACUGACAAGUUGGAGAAUGCCUGGCAGAAUUGCAGGGAUCAGGGUAUCUUAUGCAUAAUGGUCUCAUAAACAGUCGUAGCUCUUUUUCACAGAAACAAUUAGCUGAGAAAUUUGGUGCCUGGGAAUUUAAUGCCUGGUAACGAAAUUGAAGGCAGGAUCCACAAUUUUUAUGAACAAGACAACUAUUCCCGUCAAUCUCAAGUUGCAGACAAUAAUUGGCCUGUUGAUAUUUAUAAUCAAUGGCAUGGAAAACAAAGAGAGACAAGUAAUGUGCAACAACUAGAUUUUGGGAGAGGACGGGGCGGUGAGUCUUUGAGUUUUGAUAAAACAUAUAAACAGUUGGCUCAGAAACCGGAAUUGUCCCAUAUUCAAACUAGAAACCAACAUCUGGAGACGAAUGGGUUUAUGCUUGGAUGGCAGGAUUUGCAGGAAAGCCAGUUUUUCGAUGAUAGCUCAGUUUUGGUUCCACUUGCUUUAACUUCGAGAGGCUUAUCUAUCCUUCAAUCAGAGCAAGAAAAUGCAUCGUGCGAUAGUCCCACUUUGACAACCAAUUCAGAAAGGUCUGAAAUUACUGAAGCUUCCAGUGAGUUUAACUUUGUUGGAAGGCAGCCACAACUUGUGAGGGGACAACAACAAGGCAUUCCACAGAUUCACUCGAUGCAGCAGUCUGGGUACAAUGACAUGCAGAUGUUGCAGCAGCACCUGAUGUUUAAGAAACUGCAAGAACUUCAGAGGCAGCAGCAACUACAACAGUUCGGUGAUGCAAGGCAACAUAAUGCAGUAAAUCAGCUCUCUGCAAUUAAUAAGCAGACUUCAGGGGUUCAGUUUUCACCUCUAAUCAAUGGAACACCCGUUAAUGAUACGCCACAAAUGUUUAUGAACUGGGUGCAGAGGGGUGGAUCUCUGGGAGGACAAAAUGUUUCUAAUAGAGUUAUUUUUUCUCAAGAGCAAGGUCAAACUUUGAGCUCAAUGGGUCUUGCUCCUCAGCAGUUUGAUGCAUCUUUAUAUGGUACUCCUGUUGCUAGUGGAAGAGGGACUAUGAAUCAGUAUUCCCAUCUUCCGGUGAUGUCUCAUGAUUCUGAAAAUUUGUUGGCCAAGGCUAAUGAUCAAAUGCAGAAGCCUGCUAUGCAGCCAUCAGCCUUCAAUAACUCAUUUGUAGGUGCUCAUUGUACGACUGCUUCUCCGGACCAGGUUUGCUCACCUCAAGGGGCGUUUGUAUCCCAACAAGGCUUUCAGGGAAAAAAUGUAUUUGGACAAGUUAUUACUCAAGGUUCAAAUUGUGGAUCCACAUUGGGUAACCUCCAACAAGGGGAUACCUUGCAAACAAAUACAUCACCACAGGAGCUCAGUGGAAAGCAAGAUCAAGCUGGCUGGCCGGGAAUCUUCCAGCAAAAAACAAUGCAGCAUGGCCCUUCCCAGGGUUUGGUUCCCCUUGAUCCAAUGGAAGAGAAGAUUUUGUUUGACAUGGAUGAUAGUACUUGGGAUUCGUCUAUGGGAAAGCAGAGUGAUAUUGGGGCUGGAGGCUUUGGAACAUUCGAAAGUUCAUUUCCUUCUCUCCAAAGUGGAAGCUGGAGCGCGCUUAUGCAGUCUGCUGUAGCAGAAGCUUCUAGUAGUGAUACCGGCCAACAGGAGGAGUGGAGUGGAUUGACUUUUCAGAAUACCGAGCUGUCAACUGGUAAUCAGCCUUCAAACAUCGUGGACAAUGAGAACCAAGGAAGUUGGGCUGAUAACAAUCUGCAGAGUGUCUCUUCCUUAAGUUCAAAACCUUUUCCCAUGCUUAAUGACUCAAGUGUUAGUUCUAGCUUCCCUGGCUUUCCACAGCCAGGCAUCCAAUUCACACCUGAGCAUCGAGAAGGGUUUCACCAGGAUGAAUCUCAUGAAUCCAUUCAGAAGUCUCCCAAAAGUUCUAGCGAGUGGUUGGAUCGUAACUCUCAACAGGUUCAGCCACAUAUGCGUUUGGACAACACAUGGACCAGUCAAAGCAGUAAACCAGAAGGUGAUAUUAACGAAGGCAUGUACAAUAGGAACUCUGAGAACCAUAUGUGGAAUAGGGAUGGUGAUUCCAGGGUAACUUCAUUUUCCAGAUCAACUGGACAAUUGGAGCAAGUACAUUUUGGUUCAGAGAAUAUUCUUAGGAACAGAGAAAAUUCCAAUAUUUUUAACUUUCAUUCCCUGCAAAAUUCACACAUGACUAAUGUCCAUCAGGAAACCAGUCACCAAGUCCAAGAUAAUAAUAAGCUUGAUUACGGGAAACAUUUUAUAUCUAGCAACAAGGAGGAUAAUGAGGGCAUUGGAGAAAAACAUCAUCAAAUGAGUAACAGCUCUCAUGUUAUGCAAAACUCUUAUGGGAGGGAAGGUGGAACAUAUGAGCAGCAGCAAAAUUGCUACCAGAGGGACAACUCGUAUGGCCGGAAAUCAGAGGAUUCUAGCGGCAUGCGUUUGACUGCACAAACAAGUCAAAAUAUACUUCAUCUUCUUAGCAGGGUUGAUCAGUUGAAGGAGAAUAGUUCUAUCGCACAGUUUGGCCAUCCUGGAUUUAACCCACUAUCUGAGGGUAUGAUCCAUCCAGCUAGUAAUCCAAAUCAAAUGCAAAUGGAUUCUAAUUUAAGAGGGAAAAAUCAGACCUGGUCCACUCUGUCCCCUUCUCAACCUUUGCCCCAAUCACAUGAAUCAUCACCGAGAUCCCGUUGGGAUGAUAAAUUUGGUAUCGGGGGACAAUCGAGCAGCCCUACGUCUUAUAAGCAUGGAAACUCUAUUGCAGAAAGCACAUCCAGUCCUACAUUUUCAAGGAAUCAGCUUCAAACACAACAUCUGUUUAAUGUACCUGGUCCAUCUAAUCAAACAACAUUACCUGGUUCUUCUGCAAAGCAUGCACCUUCCAACCUUGCUCUAUCUCAAGAUACUUCUCAGCAAAUUUUUGUCAACUCUGGUGGUCAACAAUUCCCUGUUCUUGAAGCUGUUCCAGUUUCUCAGCCUCCUUUUAUGUCAGGCAUGCCUGCACGGGGUGGAGUAUCAGUGAAGCCGCAGAGUUUGUGGACAAAUAACCAAAGCCAGCAACAUCUUUCUGGCAUGGAAACUACUUCGUUGGCUUCAAAGGAGCUAAAUGGUCUAAAUACCCAGGACAGUGGAUAUAGAUCAUCUGAAUUUGGCCAUUCCCAUACGAGUUUACAAGGAUUCAAUUCUGCACAAGAGAAACAGGAGGAAGAGAGGAUGUUUGAUGCUUCACAGACAGGGGAUCUUGGUGGAAUACAUCAUAAUGACAGCAAUGGCCUGGCUCCCUCUGCAAGAAAUCUUGGAUUUCUUGGCCAUGCUUUAAAACAUUCACAUGGAUUUCGUCAUGACCACUCCCGGCUGCACCAAGUGCAGGGUACGAAGAAUGAAGAGGCUGAUCCAAGUAGGAGGGAUCUGGAUGUACAACAGGUAACUGCUAUGGCAGGACAGCAGUCAAUUUAUGGUCAUAACAAGGAUGGUGAACUGAAUUCUCCAUCAGCUCACAAGUUAUCGCCACUUGGAAAUUCCAACGCAACAAAUUUCCUGACGGAUGCAAGAGAAGGUCUAAGUGUAAAAACUUCUUCAGAAUCUGCCUUCCAAGCCCAAGGCAUGGUUGCAUUUGGUGAAAGUGAUUCUCAGAGUCCAUCUAUUGGCAAUGAUGUGUUACCUAAUUAUGCUGAAACUUCUCAGCCCAAUCUAAGCAUGGCAUCGAACUGGUUUAAACAGUAUGGGACCUUCAGAAAUGGGCAGAUGCAACCAACGUAUGAUGCAAGGCUUGCUAGGUCUUCUGCAGGGCAGACCUCGCUUGUGAAGCCUUCGCAAAGCCUAAACAUACAUUCUUCUGUGGAACAGAUAGAUGCUUCUGAGGCUAACAGAGUAUGGCCAAGUACAGCUACCAAUUUGGUAACAAGCGAACCCUUUGUAGCCCCUUAUGUGUUACCUUCAGAAGUCAUUGAUGAAACUAUGGCGAUCGUGAGACCAAAGAAACGCAAAAUUGAAACAUCAGAGCUUCUACCAUGGCACAAAGUGACAGAAGGUUCCAAAAGGGUUCAAGAUGUCAGUCUGGCAGAGCAAGAAUGGGCCUUGUCAUGCAAUCGGCUGACUGAGAAAGUUGGACAUGAGUUUGAAAUGAUUGAAGAUGGACGUCCAAUCCUUCGAUCUAAGAGAAGGCUUAUCUUCACAACACAGUUUCUGCAGCAAUUGCUCGGCCCUGCACCAGCAUCCAUUCUCUCAGCAGACGCUGCUUUGUACUAUGAUAGUGUGACAUAUUUUGUUGCUAAAUUAUCAUUAGGGGAUGCGUGCACCCUGACCUGCAGCAGCAGUACUGAUGCGCCACUGAACGACAGUAAUACGAUUGGGGAAAAGCCUAAAGUUUCUGAAAAUACUGAAAUGCAGUAUUUAUCAAAAGCUGUGGAAGAUUUCACUAAUAGAUCGAAGAAGCUGGAAAAUGACCUACUGAGGUUAGACAAGGUUUCAAUUUUAGACUUAAGACUAGAAUGCCAGGAGUUGGAAAGAUUUUCGGUCAUCAACCGGUUUGCCAGGUUCCAUAUCCCCCAAACAGCUACGUCUGGGACCACUUCUUCAUCCGGUACAGUUCCAACUGCACCAAAACCAUUCCCCCAACGAUAUGUCACUGGACAGCCGCUGCCAAGACAUCUACCAGAGGGUGUUCAUUGUCUGUCACUAUGAUUAUGAAUUGAUUGCUCCUUCCCCCUGAAUGCUCUCCCCUUUUCAUCCAUUUGCAUUCCAGAUCCCGCUCAUGCACCUGUUUAUGAUCACUUUUUACUGACACAUAUGCUAGCCUAGCACAGAAGAAAGAAGAUUGAAAAAAUGGAAUGCAGGAAGUCAACCCCAAGUAAGGAAAGCUGCUCGUUCAUUUUUGAACCAACACCUAUUGUUGUCAUUUUUGGGAAAGUACAUAUUGUUCUCUUGUAUAUUUUGAAGAAGUUGCAAAGGAGAAUAGGUAGAGUGCCUGAAGCAGCAGGAGGAUGGUCGUUGGUAUGAAUGUGUCUCUUAGUGGCCCUAAGUUGUUGCAUAAAUUAGUUUUUAAUCUAGCCAUACCUAAUUUAUACAAGAAUAUCCAGUAGCUACGAGCACUGUCACUAUCGUAUUUCCUCUCUUUUCCCCUCCUCCGCGUUUUUCGCCCUUUUUACAGGUCGUUUCUGCAUGAAGCUGUACUGGCCGAACCCAGAAGAGAGAGUUGGGAUGUUGAAGAUGAAAAACAGUUAAGUUAGUUAGGAAAAAUUGAAUAAUAUUAUGAAGGUUGUAAUUUUAUGAUCCAACAGAUGCUUUGCUUUGCAAACACUCCACCUCCAAAAACAUGGGUGAGUUUUUAUUUUUUAUUUUAUUCCUGCCAUUAAUGAUAAUAUCCUUCUUUUUUUUCUGA